UCUGCAUCCUGCCUCAGUGUGUGUUUGUGUGUGUGCUCGCCCUGUAGCAUGGCGUCUCUCGGCCUCCUGCUGCUCAGCACCGCUCUGAUCCACACCGCUCAGUCAUUACCUGCACCUCGUGGUGGGGGCCAUGGCCUGGAUGUACCAGUGGGUGGAGUCAGACGCCAGCGCAGAGACCUUCCUAACCUUCUGCCUUAUGAGGACCAGAUGAUGUCAUAUCCUCCGGCACAAGGCAGAGCCAAUAACCUUUACUACCAGUCAGAUGACUGGAGGGGGAGGGGCUUGGACCAGGCUCUGCAGCGAUUGGUGGAGAGAGACCAGAAGCGAGAGCAGGAAGAGGAGCAGCGAGCAGCUUAUUUGGCAGCUCUGCUCCGUCUACUGAGUGAGGCAGAGAGCGCGGGAUUGGUCGGUCCUGGUGAUGUGGAGGUGGUCGAGGAAGAGGAGGAUGAGGAGGAUGAUCAGGGCCCCACAGGGGACUUCCGGGGCCCUGCUCCUGCUGACUAUGAUGAGACUGGAAGGGGGAUGAGCAUGGGAAGGCCCCAGGCCGCUUGGUGGGGCCUCGUGGAGCCUCAGCUUGCUCAGGCCCUGCUUGACAGGAUGGAUCCUCGGCUGGCUCAGACGCUGCUGGAAAAAGUGAGAGAGGAGAGACGUCAGCAGGCUGGACGAGUGUCAUCGGGACUGAGCCGGGACCAGGACGCGCUGAGGCGGCUGGUUGCUGGGAUACUCUCCAGCAUUGGCCCUAACGACGCCUUGGUUGCCACCUCUGGUCGCAGAGCAAAGAGGGACCUGUCGGCCAAAGCAGCUGAGCCUGUUAGCCCCGCCCACAGGAGAACCCGCCGUUCUCUUGACGACCUGGCUCCCCCUUCGCCUAGCAACGACCCUCCCCUCCUCAGGGUGAAGAGGCUGGAGGACUACGACGGAGAGGAGCAAAGGGAGAAGCUGCACCCCCAGGUUGUCGGGCUGCAGAGGAUGAAACGCAUCGACACUACAUCAACAGGCGACGCAGAGGAACUGACUCAUGGGAGUCGUAGGCGCCGGAGGAGAGCCGCCCUGAACUACGAUCCACAAAUACUGGUCGAUCAGAUUCUGGAGUACAUGAGGGAGUAAGAAGAUGAGGGAAGGUUAGGGGAGAGGCAAGGAGAGUACACGUUGUCUUUCAGGGUUUUAUUUUUGCAUCUUUUUCAUUUGUUCCCGCUGCUUUCGUGAAUAUUUAUCAGGUUGUUUGUUGUAACAGUGUGGAGAAAUGGCGAAAAGAUGGAGGAAGGAUAAAACGGCUCUCUUUGGGCAUCUCUAAAGCACUACAUUUCCCAUGAGCCUCAGCAGGCAUUGUUCUAGCACAUUGUGUGAGCCAAAUUCGAAUCAUGCACCUGAAUCCAAUCUGUGACAAUAAACCUCCAUCUCAAGUUCUCUGAUUGGCCGAUAUCCACUGCAAUGCUCUCUGGAACUUGUAGUUAAACCCGCCAACUCCUCGUUACCAUAAUGUGGCCACAUUGUUAUAGGUUUACCAUUAAAUCGAGCUUCCUUCUGUCAGAACAGAUGGUGGAAAGUGAGGGUAACCUUGGCAACAGCUCAUCAGCUCUGUGAUCGAUACAGUCUUGUGUUCCUGUACUUCAGCUUGUGAUGGCUCGUCUGUCUGUGGUGAAAUUUUUAUUCGUGUCACACUCAGAAAUAAAGUCGGUAAAGUCGACCUUCA